AUUGGAUAUUCGUCUCAUGCAUAUUAAUGAAGUACUACAUGUUCCUUUUUUUUCCUUUGUAAUUAAUUAAUGGAAAAUUUCUGAAUUAAUUAAUAAUAAUAAAAUGAAAAUGAAAAUGAAAAUGAAAAUGAAAAUGAAAAUGAGUUUGGUUUUUUACUUUUAUGUACUUGUAAUAUAUUUGCUAUGAUGUCCGAGAUCAUAUCUGCAUGACAAGUGAAUCUUUUCUUACACAUGUGAUCGAAUUCCUGUUUUUUCGGGAUCAAUACUCAAUAGUCACAUAUUCUAAUCUAAUCGGUACGAGUAUUAUUCUGAAUUGAACAUCACUAUUACUCCCUCUUUAUUUAUUUAAGAGAUAUACUUGGCCGAAUACGCGUAUUAAGAAAAAGAAUUGAAUGAAAUAAAGUAAUAAAAUAAUUGUGGUUGAGUAGAUAUUUUAAUAAGAAAAACAAGUGGGGACCAUGUCAUUUUAGGGAGUGGAGGUGGGAGUGAGGUGUAGAUAUAUUAUUUAAUUAGAUGGUUGGGUUGAUAAGUUACUAAAAAUGGCAAAUGUAUCUCUUAAAUAAAUACGGUCGAAAAAUACAAGUGUAUCCCUUAAAUAAAUACAGAGAAAGUAUUUUCGUACCUAAAUAAUGGUUUUGGAUCCUCUAGAGUUCUAAAAUAACUCGUAGAGUUUGAGCAUAUCAACCAUUGAAUGAAAAAUCAAUGGUUCAUAUAUUAUUUUUUUUAAAUUUCCCUUAUAUUUUCUCAUCAACAUGAGCCAUUGAUUUUAAAAUGUAUGGUUUAGAUACAACUCUACCUUGUAGAGUUUUAUUAAAACUCUAGAGGAUCCGGACUCCUAAAUAAUAAGUCGCAUUUGAUUGAAGAUCGUUUUAAGGAAAUGAAUUAAAACUUAAAAGACAUGAAAAUGGUUUAUAAUUGAGCUUUGAAGCAUGCAUGUAAUUAUUUAUGGGAGUAUAGUUAAUAGUAUGAACUUGUGUGUAAGGAGAAUAGUACUCGCAGCGAUAAUUAUUACCCUACUUUUUUCCACAUUCAUUCUUUGACCAUUGUUGCCCAUCAAUAUGCCAAAACAGUCAUCAAAUUGUGGGACCCACUAAUUUGGUGAUGUUUUUGGAUUACAUUCAUCUUAGGAAACUGUUAGGAUAGGUGGUCUGGUGUAGAUCCUCUAACAAUAUGCACUUGUAGUUGUGAUUGCACUUGGAGUUAUUGAUAUUUUUGUUUUUUGGGACUUAUUGGCGGAAAACUUUUUCAAUGAUAAAUGAUUUCCCAUUGAAUACAUUUUUCAAGGAAAAACAAAAUUCCAAAAUAAUUCUCCUUUGUUUGGUAACUUUGGUUACUUACAAACAAAUUUAUAGAAAAAAAUGAAAACAAGAGUGGAUGGGUGAGGAUUCAUGGGAAUGGAGAAGUUGAGGUAAAAGAUGCAAAGUUAAAAAAGGUGAUUUCCGCCCUUUAGAGAGUUGUUGGAAAUUGUUUUACACCACUUGUCAUAACAAACAACAUACAAACGUAAAAUGAUUGAAAAGGAAAAAUUAUCUUCCAAGAAAACGUUUUACACCAAACCAAACAAUCCCUUGAAAGCACAACCCAAGCAAGGUGGGACGGCGAGGUGGGAAUCAUCGGUAGUGAUUGAGAGCAGUGAAAUGACCGAACUUAAAAGAACUGUUAGGCCUAUUGAUCAGGACAAUUUCACAUCAAUUGAAGCCAAGCGACAAAAGGUUGAUCUAUCAAUGUCUAGCAAGGAAAGAAAAGAGAAACUUGGUGAAAAGAUAACAACACUUCAACAGCUUGUUUCCCCGUAUGGCAAGACUGAUACAGCUUCUGUCCUGUUUGAGGCGAUGGAAUACAUCAGAUUCCUGCAUGAGCAAGUGAAGGUUUUGAGUGCUCCAUACCUCCACAAUACACCAGUAACUAAUAUAGAGUUUCAGGAAGCAGUACAUUAUAACUUAAGAAGCAAAGGAUUGUGUCUUGUACCAAUAGAGUGUACUGCUGGAUUGGCUGGUAGCAAUGGUGCAGAUAUUUGGGCACCCAUUAAAACCGGAUCCCCAAGAUUCUAGUAUCCACAAAUAUACGUGCUGUUUAACGACCAAUUACUACCCCUACUUGCAAUGCUAAUCAUCUUUCAGAAUUCAGAUUAUAUAAUGCAACGGCUCGGAAACUAAACGUUUUGCAGCUUUAGUUCUCGCCCGAUUCACGCUCUCCAGCUUCUUUUUUUACUGUACAACAGUCCUGGACCAAAGUGGAGAAGCAACACUUGCGGCCUCGUAAUCUUUUAUGUUACUAGGUUAAUGUAAUGGGAUUAUUGUAAGAAUUCUAUAUAAAAAGGUUUGUUGAUGGCCUGAUAUAACCUGUGCAGAUGAAUUGGAAAACCUUUGGGAUUUCACUUAAAAUACCCGGUUAAAGGUUUCACCUUGAAUAAUAAAUAUACGGAACAUAAUUAUGGUUUA